CAAAACAUCCUAAAAUACACCAGAUCAAAUCAACACCAUGCUAGAAAAUUUAUCUCAAAGCCUUCAACAUCCUUGCCCAAAUACACAGCAUGACAGCACCCAAAAGUCUGCCUACAAUGGCGACCAGUCCUAGCUUGUUGUCUUCCCUACCCAUGAAAAAUGCCGGCGCGACAUCCGGCUCUUGUAAAGCUUCUUACAUAAUCAGACGCAACUGGCCGUGCUCAUUCAACCUUCGCGAUGUACUCGGAGUCAAUCGCCUAGUCCACGACAGCUGCAGUUUCGGACGUAGCAGUGGCAGUGACAUCUUGGGCCGGAGUCACAGUACAUGGCUCUACCGGUUCAUUCUGUAUGGUAAUCGAAAUAGCUAUACCUCCGAGUCCGAUAAUGAUGAUGAUGAUGAUAUAAGCGCAUUUCUACAGAUUCUUCCGUGCGAUUUGCGCGAAGCUCUGUUGUCUCACUCUAGGCAAGAACAUUUACUCGAGGUGAUAUUGGAUUUGGGCCGAUUACCGCAUGCACAGUACUUGGAUGAUUUUGGUAGGAAGUAUUUGAGAGAUACAGAAGUAUCAUGUAAAGAACUUGAGUAUGUUCAAAAUGCAAUCGGACAAUUUGGAGGCGACAACAGAGAUGGAAUUGAGGGUAGCUUGCAUCGUGUGUCUUCUAUUAAGAAUAGGAAGGGGGAAAUUAUUGGGUUGACUUGCCGAGUUGGUAGAGCAGUUAGCGGUCAAAUUGACAUGGUCAGGGAUUUGCUUGAGUUUGGUGAAAGCAUCUUGUUUGUUGGAAGGCCUGGUGUGGGAAAAACUACAGUCAUGAGAGAUUUAUCCCGUGUCUUGUCAGAUGAUCUUCAUAAAAGAGUGGUCAUUGUCGACAGCAGCAAUGAAAUUGGAGGUGAAGGAGAUGUUCCACAUCCAGCAAUAGGGGGUGCAAGAAGACUGCAGGUUAAAAAUCCUUACAUGCAGCACCAAGUGAUGUUAGAAGCAAUUGAGAAUCACAUGCCUGAGGUGAUAGUCAUUGAUGAGAUUAGCACAGAAGCUGAGGUUCGCGCAUGUCGUACAAUUGCUGAGAGAGGAGUAAUGCUUAUAGGCACAGCUCAUGGAAAGCAACUGGAGAAUAUCAUUAAAAAUUCAACUUUGUCUGAUUUGAUUGGAGGACUAGAAUCUGUGACCAUCAGUGAUCAGGAAGCUCAAGCAAGGAAUUGCAGAAAAAGUGUUCUUGAGAGGAAAACUCCACCAACAUUUCCCUUCCUCGUCGAAAUAAGGGAGAGGCACUACUGGAUCGUGCAUCGGACUGAGAAAAGUGUGGAUGCUUUUCUUUGUGGAAAAAAACCAAUUGUUGAGGUAAGGAAGAGAGAUAAGCAAUUCAAAGUUGUGAUUGAGAGAUGGAAAACAGAUGAUUGAAUCUCUGCUGUUUUUACUCAAGCUGGACUGGUCAUGAGUUCCUAUGGUCGUCUCAUUCAUUCGACUUUUGUGGGUUACACCCUAUGGAGUAAAGUAUCUCAUAAACUCAUGCCUGGAUUGAUGAUAGCCUCAAAGGUGGUAUAAUAUGAUGUUGCAUUUAUCUCACUUGUGGGAAGAGUUGACAAGACCAACAACGCUGGUAGAGCUUUGUGAUGAGCAUCAACAAGAGCCAAUGUCAGUAUAUAUCUCAGCUCUCAGCAUAAGCAAUGGUGACAAUUCUUCAGCAGCACCACCAUUUCUCUUCGCUUCUGGAAAACAUUCCUCCAUGGGUGUCCAAAGCUUCCAUCACUGGCUCUUCUUCAGUUUGGCAAGUGGAAUUGGAGGCUAUUGCUAGAGUAAUGGACUGGACUGUCAAGACAGGCGCACAAGCUUUUAGCUUUACUGUUGAAUUGGACUCCUUUGCUCCAAUCCUCCACCUAAAAGAUUGUGUAUACCGUGCAGCUCAAAGCAAUUCUAACGGCUUUACUCAUCAGUCGUGCCCCUCUAUAGUCUUUUCUAAAAAUCAUCACCACACGUUCAGAGAAGUCGCCGGACGUCUAACUCCCAGCCAUAUGCAAAUAGUUUUCCAAAUACCACCCGUCACCGGACAUUUGAAAAAGAGGUGAUCGCAUGUCUCUAGCUGUCCAGAGCACAUUGAGCAUAUCUUAUCCCCUCCCAGGUAGUACAAGUUAUCAGCAGUGGCCAAUUUGUUUCUGAAACAAAGCCAAAGGGUAAAAGAGAACCUAAGGGGUACGUAGCUCUUCCAAAUGAACUUCAUCCAAGGCCUGGAGACACCUCUUACUCUGAGUAGAUCAUAAAUCCCAGAUGGAUUAAUUUUCCCAUUAACACAUAGUGCUCCCAGGUGAUCUAGCAGUUUCUGCUUAUCACCAAACUUUUCAAGCAAACUGUUAGACCCCAGAUUUUGAUGAACUGUUUUUGAUGAUGCCAAAAGCUUUUGUUAUCCCC